AUGGAUGCAACGGAUUUGAACCGCCAGCGGCACCAGCAGGAGACACGCAGGACAAGCAAAGGUCGUCAGAAGAUUGAGAUAAAGAAAGUAGAGAAAGAAAGCAAUCGUUAUGUCACGUUUUCAAAACGUAAAAACGGGUUGUUCAAGAAAGCAACAGAACUUUCUACCUUGUGCGGGGCUGAAACAGCAGUCAUUGUCUUCUCUGAACAUCGAAAGCUCUUCUCUUGUGGCCAGCCAGACGUUGAUAAGGUUCUUGAUCGUUAUCUUGCUGAAAUAGAAAGGGUCCCUAACAACUUCCCGCCGAUCACCAAUAACAAUAUAGAGAGGCAGUUAGCUAAUAAACAAGAAUAUGCAAGAUCCUUGAAGCGAUUGGAAGACGAGCAAACGGUUGCAAAGAUGAUUGGGAACAUGAACAACAUGAAUGAGGGUGGCUUUUGGUGGGAUCUACCCAUUGAUAACAUGGAGCAGGAUGAGCUUGAAGCAUACAAAGAAUCAAUGGAACAAUUGAAGAAGAAUGUGAUAACUCGACUUGGCUUGAUUGAAGCUAAUAAUGCUCCUAGUGGGUCUAGGAUUGUCAAUCCCUUCAUUAACAUGAAGGAAAUACCUUCUCUUAGCUUUAAUAAUCAUCGAUUUCAAUGA